GAUAAAUUCAAAGUCUACCAUUUACUGCAUCCUUACAAAAUACUUCCCUUAGGCCAGAAGCAUUGAUAUCAGCAGUUAUAUCAUAUGAUGCAGAGAUUCAGACCCCAUCCUAUAUCUCCUCAAUCAGAAUUUGUAUUUUAACAAAAUCUCUAAUUCUUCAUUGUACUCAUAAAAUUAGGUGAUACCUUCUAACUCUCUAUGUUUCUCUGUGAGAAAUAUGCACAAUUUAUUAAUGUGAUGUAAAUGUAACACCCAUAAAUUUAUAUUACUGUAGUAAGGCCCUUAAUUUUGUAUUCAGUAAUUUAUCAUCCAAAGCAUAAUCAUAUGCACACAGUUUCAUACAUCUUUUGUGAUCUUCAUUCCAGCAGAUAAGAGAAUGUGUUCAAUAAUAUCAAUGUGCUAAAAAUUAUCUUAUUGGAUAAUUCCAGUCACUCAUAUGUCAGAAACAGUUCUCAUAACUCAUUUUCCUUGUAGUCAAAUUAAGAACUCUCUCUAUGGCCACUUGGGAAAUAUGUGUCUUUUUACAGGAGAUGGUGACAUUCAGGGAUGUGGCUGUAGAAUUCUCUCCAGAGGAGUGGGCAUGCCUUGACGAUGCUCAACGGAAUUUGUAUAGGGAGGUGAUGUUGGAGAACUAUGGAAACCUGGUCUCCCUUGGUCUUGCCAUCUCAAAGCCAGAGCUGAUCACAUGCCUGGAGCAAAGGAUAGAGCCCUGGAUUAUGAAGAAAGAGGAAACAACAGCUAAAUAUCCAGGUAGGUGAGAUCCAGUGAAGCAGAUAACAAAUGUUAGAGAGCCAAAGCUCAAGGAGGAAGACAGAUAUUAAAAAGUGGCUUGGAAUAUUCCAUUGGAAAUGUAUUUAGAAGACUGUAUGUUUCUCUUUAUCUUCCAGAAGGACAUCUUCUGUACCAAGCUUUUAAACUCCCUAAUAACUACCCAUGCAGUGAUCUUCCUUAGAAUUCAGAGAGAGCCAAACUUCUUGUCAUGGCUUACAAGGAACUACAUUAUCUAUCAGCAUUUCUAUUGUUUAGGGGUUGUGGAACCAUCUAUACAUACUUUGAAGACCUCUAGAUUAAGCCAUCUUUUGACAGGGUUUUGCUU